CAAAUUACGCGGUUACGACGUAUUUUCGUUGACAAAGUUGGGGUUGCCUCCGUUUUUUGCCCCAUCCGAGUCCUAGAGUCAAGACAUGCAAAACGGGACCCAUCAAGGCGUGUUAGAAAACAGCAACAGCAACGCGACUCCCGAAGCUCGAGCUGACGUGAAAUUAGACGUAGACGGGGAUGUCUCGGGUGACCAACUUCAAGGCCCGCCAUCCAAAAGACGGAAACUUGCAGAUUCAUCCUCGCGAUCAACCCCGAGACCCCCUUCGCCGCCUUGGAAGAAGGCUGGUAUUGAUGGCCCAACGUCCUUCUUCGAUGGCGGCAGACGCAGAUCCGCUAGAACCAAUGCCAUUCCGCUUGACCUUCAACCCCAUUCACAUAAGCGACACACGCGUUCCGUUCAAAAAGAGUACGCUACAAAAUUAAAAAGCAAACACGGCGGAUGGCAUGAAUCAUCUUCUACCCUGUCGACUCCAUCCAGACCAGAUCUGAAUGGGAAACGAGGGCCCGGAAGAAAUACCUCUGUGGGCGGGCUCGAUGGUGUUUCCAGCCGAAAGGAUGCCUCGCGAGCCUUGGGUGUGAAGACUACACAAGCCAAGCAACCACCGACUCGAUGGGAUUCCAACAAGAAUUUUGAAACACGGCUUCGGACCGCUAACAAAAUCGCCAGGGCUACCACGAAUGGUCAUAACGAUACCUGCUCGCACCAAGAUGACAAUAUGGCUGCUCCACCGGAUUUGGGGUCUGGACAGAACUCGCAAAAUGUGGGAGGUGAGGAUGGCUACAACCUGGCAGGGAGCGCUCCGAAGAAAGCUCCGAGGAUACGGUUCAAAGUCAAGAUGCCUUCCUUAGUGCCUCAGAAUCCUUACCAUUUGGUUCCCCUAAAAAAGUACUCUUCGUUUCGAGAAUGGGUAAAGAAUGAAGCCAAUACAGAAGACGAGCACCAUGCCUCUACACCUAGUUCAGCGCUUCAAGAGUAUCAAUUGUGGGGUAAAAUUUGGAAGGAGGCUGAUCCUGGUGGUUUACUUAGCAAGGAUAAAUGUUCUAUCUAUCUUGAAGAUCCAGAAGAGGAACCACCACAGCAGUAUUCACACCAUGACCAUUUUGUUUCCCAUGCCUUGUACUUCAAGAAGCUCCUUGACAAAGAACGCAGACAUCAUCGACAUUUGGCAAAACUGUUUGCUCAUUGGUGCGCAGAUGCAUGGAAGAAACGUAACAAACGCCCGGAGGAUAUACUCAAAGAGCAACAAGAAGAAAUGCGUCAGAAGCGCCGAGUCCUGAUAAAGGACUUGCAACGACAGUUUGACCAGGCACGCGCGGAGGUGGAGAAAGUAAGGCUUGCUCAGUGGGAAGAGGAACAAAAGCUCAAAGAACAGCUUGCAUUAAAUAAGGCACUCAAGCAAUCCACAAUGCUUUGGGAAAUGCGAGUUGGCGACAAGGGCGACAAUAGCGGAAUGAGCGAAAUGGAUCAGAGCAGCGAUUCGGAGGACCUGAACGAAGAAGAAUCUUCGGACGAGUCUGAAGAUGAGGACAAUAUGUCAUCAAACGGCUCUGAUAGCGAUAGCGAAGGAGCCAGUACGGAUGAUGAUGCACACCUUUCCCAUGAAGCUCUUCGGGCAAAAUACGCCCACCUGGCGGCAACGAACGUCGCAUUUGAAGACGAAAUAGGGCAAAGGGAUGAGCGCGUGACCUCCGUUGAGCCAGGACCUUCCGAGGCUAGUGAUGAAAACGCUGUGGAACCUCACUUCAAUGACUUGGAUAUGCAGUUUGAUGGAACUCUGGAUGAAGUGGAUCCAUUACUGCUUGAUGACAGCGACGAAUCUAUAGACAUGGACGACACAGACGACAGUGAUGAUGGGGACGAUGAGGAAGAGGAUGAUGCAUCAGAAGAUGACUCUGGGUCGGAACCUGGACUGUUAGGGUUCUUCUCUGCGAAAGAGCUGGCUGCUAGCGGCGGCAUAAAUGAGGGCAAUACGUUUAACGAUAGUGACGCCGUUGACGAUGAAGACAAAGACUCAAGAGAGGAUGAAGGAGAAGAUGACACGGAUGAAGUUCAUCUCGUCCCUAUUGGACCCCAAGAAGGCAGUGAGGCCAGCAAUUUCGUAACGUCCGUUCCGGCUCAUCCUCCCACACCGUCAACCAUCGUUCAACCGGCGGAUGUCAAGUGCAACGUUGACACUCUAUCCCAAGAGAAAGCAGCCCGUGAUGAAUCGAUAGUCACGCCAGCGACACAUCACGUAUCUUCCACGGACGGUGGCGAACCCUCUGAUGAAUACCAGAAUAUUGGCAUCGUAACCGAUCAGUGUACACCUGCGUCGCCAACCUCGCUCCGACGCGAUGAUGGGGAUUUUAGCGACAAUGACCAGGUCGAGCAAAAGCCGCUACCCGAUCAACCAGAAACCCCUCAUGAAAUGGAAGUAGAUCCUCAAGAUGCAGUUGAAGGCCCGCCUGAGUCACCAAACACUUCAGCCAUAAAAACGCCAAUACCUCAUUUAUUACGUGGAACCUUACGUGAAUAUCAACAUUUUGGCUUGGAUUGGCUUGCUGGGCUCUACGUAAGCAAAAUCAAUGGCAUCCUUGCUGAUGAAAUGGGCCUGGGAAAAACCAUUCAAACCAUUGCAUUGUUAGCUCAUCUCGCCGUUGAACAUGAAGUUUGGGGCCCACAUCUCGUUGUUGUCCCGACAAGUGUGAUGUUGAAUUGGGAAAUGGAGUUUAAGAAAUGGUGUCCUGGAUUCAAAAUCCUUACCUACUACGGGACACAAGAAGAGAGAAGGCAGAAGCGCAAGGGUUGGAUGGACGAUGAUCGCUGGCACGUUUGCAUUACCUCAUACCAAUUGGUUCUGCAAGAUCAACAGACCUUCAAACGACGUAACUGGCAUUACAUGGUUCUUGAUGAGGCUCACAACAUCAAAAAUUUUCGGUCUCAGCGUUGGCAAACUCUUCUCACAUUCAAGACAAGAGCUAGGCUCCUCUUGACUGGUACUCCACUUCAAAACAAUUUGACAGAACUUUGGUCGCUCCUCUUCUUUCUCAUGCCGAGUGAUGAUAGCGAGAGUGGCGUAGAAGGGUUCGCCGAUUUGCGGAAUUUCUCCGAAUGGUUUCGUCGACCCGUCGAGCAGAUUCUUGAGCACGGACGAGACACCAUGGAUGAAGAGGCCAAGAAAGUGGUCAGCAAACUGCAUACCGUACUACGACCUUACAUUCUCCGUCGAUUGAAAGUUGACGUGGAGAAACAAAUGCCUGCGAAAUACGAGCAUGUUGUUACAUGUCGGCUGUCCAAACGCCAGCGGUAUCUUUACGAUGGUUUCAUGUCCAGGGCUCAAACAAAGGAAACUUUAGCGUCGGGGAAUUACCUAUCCAUCAUCAAUUGUCUAAUGCAGCUCAGGAAAGUGUGCAAUCACCCUGACCUCUUUGAAACCCGCCCAAUUACGACAUCGUUUGCCAUGACCAGUUCCACGAUAGCGGAUUUCGAGAUCAAAAAUCUUUUAGUACGCCGUCGACUUUUGUACGAAGAUCCACUAGACAAACUUGAUCUGGAUUUCCUCAAUUUGGUGCCAAUUUCAAGAGAAGAUACGUCUAAAGGACUAGUGGAUGAUGCGACGAGAAUCAUGGCGUACAAUCCGCUCAGGAUGUUGCGUGAGCGCCAAUACAAUCGCACUAACUGGUCAAUGGAUUUCAAUGGGUCUUCGAUACAAUCAGUCUUGGAUUCAAUGGAAAAUGCAUAUCGCAAGCAAAGAAUGGGAGAACUCGAACGAUGUUUAUACUUCGAAUCAAAACGUCAUGGCCGACGCCCUGUCUACGGAGAAAGCUUGAUUAAUUUCCUUACAAUAGAUAUGAAUCCCAAGCCCACAGCUCAGCGACGACCACAACGACGGCUGCUCAUCGAUUGGCUCUCCCGGCAAUCUUCUGUACUCGAGUCCAUGAUACUCUCACUGGCAGAGAGGUCUCGUGUCGUGGAACCUCUUGUGCAGAAAUUCGCCUGCAUCACUCCCGCUGUCGUAUCCCCGGAUGUAACUGCGGCUGCUUUGACCCCAGUCAAGUCUCGCUACUUCUCAUUUUCACAGCGUGUUCCUUCAUAUGACCCCUUCCAUGAAGCACAGAUGCGUUUGUCCAUCGCAUUCCCCGACAAACGACUAUUGCAGUAUGAUUGUGGCAAACUUCAACAACUGGAUAAGCUUCUCAGGCAACUUCAAGCUGGUGGCCACCGUGCUUUGAUAUUUACUCAGAUGACAAAGAUGCUCGACAUUCUUGAACAAUUUCUCAAUGUACAUGGCCAUCGUUAUUUACGUUUGGACGGCGCCACCAAGAUUGAACAGCGCCAAAUGUUAACAGAACGGUUCAAUAACGACCCACGGAUCUUAGUUUUCAUUCUGUCCAGCCGGUCUGGUGGAUUGGGAAUAAAUCUCACGGGAGCAGACACGGUCAUCUUUUACGACUUGGACUGGAAUCCUGCUAUGGACAAGCAAUGUCAAGACAGAUGCCACCGAAUUGGUCAGACCCGCGAUGUCCACAUCUAUCGCUUCGUCUCGGAAUACACGAUCGAAUCAAAUAUUCUACGCAAAGCCAAUCAGAAGAGAAUGCUUGAUGACGUCGUCAUCCAAGAAGGAGAAUUCACCACAGACUAUUUUCAGAAAUUUGAUGUUCGUGAUGUGAUUGGUGAGGACAUUCUAGACGGACAGGACGAAGCAAGUGCGGCGAUGGAUAGGGUUCUCGACACCAAAGUCCGUAAUGUACCAAAGGUGUUUGAGGAAGCAGAAGAUAAAGAAGACCUUGACGCUGCAAAAACAGCUGAAAGGGAAUUGGAGCACGUUGAUGACGUUGAUUUCGCUGAAAGUAGUCUUCCUCAAACCCCUGGUCAGACCGGUCAAAGCCAAGCAGGGACGCCCAGACCGAGUGAGAUCGUCGAAGAUGAAACGACAACGGCCCCGCAGAGUGAGGGCCCAGGUACUCCAUUUGUGCCUAUGCCUUUGUCUGUCGCGGCUACGGAUGGCGUGGCUGACGAAACAGUUGGCCACAUUGACGACUAUCUGAUCCGCUUUAUGGAAUGGAACGCCAAGGACGAGCCGCUAGUCCUGCCGCCGGACAAGAGCAGAAAGAAGUCAAAGAGAGGCAAGGAGCAUCGCGUAAAACGGCACCGAUAGCCUAGCCUCACCUAUAAUUCUGUGCUUGUUCCUGUUCCCAUCUCAGAGAAACGGGCGGCAAAAAGGGAAGAUCUACGGAGUACCCCUUACUUGGGUUAGGACUCAGGGUCCGCGAAGCUUCCGGGUUUGCGUUGAAGACACAGCGGACCCGGCGCUUUGGCCACCUUAUUAUAUAACGACUGCCGAGAGCGAACCUUAUUUCCUCCUCUUGCGCUUCCCAACUCCUAUUUUACUUUAUCCCAAAAUCACGCUUUGUAAUGGUGGUCUUGUUUUAGCAUGCUUUUCAAUUAUUAUAGGGACAUGGGGACUUGGCAUGAACGGUGUAUGGGUUUUUGUUUCUUUUUUUCUUUUUUUUUGACUCGCUUCAUUGAA